CGGCGGCGGCGCGCCGAGAGGCCGGAAGCGGCGGCCGCGUCCGCGCCGGACACUCGCUCCCGCGGGCCCGGGCAGCGCCGAGGCGAGCGGCGGCGGCGGCGGCGGGCUCGGCGCCGGGGAGCGGCCGCGCGGCCGCCCGCUCUGCCUGAGGAGGCGCCGGGGCGGCGCUGCCCGCCGCGGGCACCGGCCGCCGCCAUGUCCUCGUCGUCGUCGUCGCCGCGGGAGGCGUUCGACGAGGAGCGCGAGUACGAGAGCCAGGCCAAGCGCCCGCGCACCGAGGGGGGCGAGCUCGACUACGCGGGCGACGGCGGCGACGGCCGGCGCGAGGGGGCCCCGCGGGGCGCGGGCGAGGGCGGCGGCGGCGGCCGGAGCUUCCCUCAGCCGGAGGCUGGUGGAAGCCAUCAUAAAGUCUCGGUGUCCCCCGUUGUCCAUGUUCGAGGACUCUGUGAAUCUGUGGUGGAAGCUGAUCUUGUGGAGGCUCUGGAGAAAUUUGGGACCAUAUGCUAUGUGAUGAUGAUGCCAUUUAAACGGCAGGCUCUGGUGGAAUUUGAGAACGUAGACAGUGCCAAAGAGUGUGUGACAUUUGCUGCUGAAGAGCCUGUGUACAUUGCUGGCCAACAGGCUUUUUUCAACUAUUCUACAAGCAAAAGGAUCACUCGACCAGGAAACACCGAUGAUCCGUCAGGAGGCAACAAAGUUCUUCUGCUGUCGAUUCAGAACCCCCUGUACCCAAUCACAGUGGAUGUUUUAUAUACUGUAUGCAACCCUGUUGGAAAAGUGCAGCGCAUUGUUAUAUUCAAGAGAAAUGGGAUACAAGCAAUGGUUGAGUUUGAAUCUGUUCUUUGUGCCCAGAAAGCUAAAGCAGCACUCAAUGGAGCAGAUAUAUAUGCUGGAUGUUGCACACUAAAAAUCGAAUAUGCAAGGCCAACUCGUCUAAAUGUUAUUAGGAAUGACAAUGACAGUUGGGACUACACUAAACCGUAUUUGGGAAGGCGAGGUUCCCAUGGUCCGUUACUGCCCUUACCAAGCCGUUACAGAAUGGGCUCUCGAGACACCCCUGAGCUUGUUGCGUAUCCGCUGCCGCAGGCUUCUUCCUCUUACAUGCCUGGAGGAAACCCCUCGGGCUCAGUUGUGAUGGUCAGUGGACUACAUCAGUUAAAGAUGAACUGCUCAAGAGUCUUCAACCUAUUCUGCCUAUAUGGAAAUAUCGAAAAGGUGAAGUUUAUGAAGACUAUCCCUGGUACAGCGCUAGUGGAAAUGGGUGAUGAGUAUGCUGUAGAAAGAGCUGUCACACACCUUAACAACGUCAAAUUAUUUGGGAAAAGACUUAAUGUUUGUGUGUCUAAACAGCAUUCAGUUGUUCCAAGUCAGAUAUUUGAGCUGGAGGAUGGUACAAGUAGCUACAAGGAUUUUGCAAUGAGCAAAAAUAAUCGCUUUACAAGUGCUGGCCAAGCGUCUAAGAACAUAAUCCAGCCCCCCUCAUGUGUGCUGCAUUAUUAUAAUGUCCCGUUGUGUGUAACAGAAGAGACCUUCACAAAGUUGUGUAAUGACCAUGAAGUUCUUACAUUCAUCAAGUAUAAAGUGUUUGAUGCAAAACCCUCUGCCAAAACACUUUCUGGGCUAUUAGAGUGGGAGUGCAAAACGGACGCGGUCGAAGCCCUGACAGCACUUAAUCACUACCAGAUACGGGUUCCAAAUGGCUCCAAUCCGUACACACUGAAACUUUGCUUUUCUACAUCAUCCCAUUUAUGAGAAGAGCAUGUUAGAAUUUAUGAUCACCUUUAUUACAGUUUUAAAGUUGUACUUAAAGAAAUCUAAAAUAAUUGAUCUAAUGUUGCCUUGCUUACUUUGAUUUAAUAUUCUGUUCUGUAAUAAACAGAUAUUUUGCCUUUGGUAAAUUUGUUGUAAACUUAAAUACUGAAUUGUUUUCAUUUUAAAAUAGAAUAUCAUAAUGUAGGCCAUCUACAAUUUCCAGAUAUAUAUGAUUUCUAAUCUUACAAUUUUUCUUCCACGGUGAAAAUAUAUUUGCAUUCUUAAUGCUAAUUAUCUGCAAGUAUUUUUCCAAUGUCUAUGAGAUUAAUGCAGGUGAAAGUAUUGCAUUUUAAUAUUAUAGAAUUCCUAUUACAUGUUUAGAUGUUUAAGUAUGUUACAGGUAUUCAUAUUAAAUACAACUUGUAUUUAUUAUUUUAACCAAGUUUGGGAAUAACAUUGCACAGAUGGAGUUUUAAUUACUACAGAUUUAGCUGAUUAUAUAUUUCUGAACGGCUAACAGACAUAUGGAUUCAUGUGUACAGAAUGCACUCAAAUGUAGUCUUUUUUUUUUUUAAGUCAUGUUCCAUUUGUAUUGAUGUGCCUCUGUUUCUAGUUCCAGUUUCAAGAUUUUAUAAAGUUAAAACAAUUAGUUGAUGUGUUCAUCUUCAUUUGUUGCAUGUGAUUUGAUCUUGAAAAUACGCCUGAUAUUUGGCAUUGAGAUUACAAGAAGUUAUUAUUAACAGUUUUGCUUCUAGAUAAUCUUGAGAUCCAUGAAUGAACUUUAGGGAGUCUGUGAAUCUCUUUAAAUUGUACGUAGAAUUUGGGGUACUUGCAUUUUUUUUACUCUUGAAUCCAUCAGUAAUAUAUGUAUUUUUCUAUAUGGUGCAAGGUAUAAGUAACUAAUUUUAUUUUUAUUCCAAACAGAUGGCUAUUUGUUUCAACACCAUUUAUUAAACAUUCUUUCUCCCACUGGA